CGUCAACACAAAAGGAGUUUAUUUUAUGACAAAGAGACGAGAGCAGAGCAAGGGAAGAAUCUGACCUAAAAGCUCAGAACCUCAUGUUUGUUCUGAUUUGAAGGCACCAUGAACAACACAGCAAACCUGACACCUCAUCAAGAUUUGUGGCGCAAUGUGACGGUUGCAAACACCACCUCAUUUUACCGUCCUGCUGUGGACCCAGUGAUUGGCAAUGUCAUUACAGUAAUGUUUACAAUCAUAAUCAUCAUCACCAUGGUUUCACUUGGAUGCACCAUGGAGGUGUCUAAGAUCAAGAAUUACAUCAUGAAACCUAAGGGGUUGGCUAUUGCAGCUAUGGCCCAGUAUGGGAUCAUGCCUCUUACAGCCUUUUGCUUAGUUAAGGGGUUCCAGUUGAGUGAUAUAACAGGUGUGGUUGUUCUGGUAUGUGGCUGCUGUCCUGGAGGAAUUUUCUCCAACUCCAUGGCUCUGGCUAUACAGGGGGACAUGAACCUCAGCAUCGUGAUGACUUCCUGCUCUACAGUGUUGGCUCUGGGUAUGAUGCCUCUCCUGCUCUACAUCUACUGCCAGGGUUUCCCCAGCGUGCAGAACGCUGUCCCUUAUGGUGAAAUUAUGUUAUCGUUGGUCUUGAUCCUUGUCCCGUGUAGCAUCGGCAUCAUCAUCAAGACCUACAGGCCACAGUACUCGAAGAAGUUCACGAAGGUAGGCAUGAUUAUAAUGCUGAUUAUACUUGUGGGGACCUUGAGCUUAAUUGCUAUUGGAAGCGGACAUAUCAUCCUGACUAUGAUGUCUCCUUCGCUCUUGGCCAUCGCUGGUCUCAUGCCUUUGAUGGGCUACUGCUUUGGAUACGUGUUCUCUUCAAUCUUCAGACUCAUCCACAGGGAGCGGAGAACCGUUUCCAUGGAAACAGGCUGUCAGAAUGUCCCGCUGUGCACCACCAUAUUGAAGAUAGCUUUCCCUGACGAAGUGGUGGGUCCUCUGUAUCUAUUCCCAACAGUCUACUUGGUGUCUCAGUUGUUGGAGGCGGCGAUGAUCAUCAUGCUGUUUAGGUGCUACCAAAGGUUCAAGAGAAAAGAGAAAGAAACUUACCAGGCUGCUGCCACUGGAGAGGAUCUGAAAGAGUCUGAUGUGUGAUGUCAAUUACCACUCAUAUAUGUCUCUAUUGUAAAGCGCUUUGGGUGCCUUGAAAAGUGCUAUAUAAAUCCAAUCCAUUAUUAUUAUUAUUAUUAUUAUUAUUAUUAUUAUCAUUAGCGUGAACGGUUUCACCAAAGGGGCUCCAGAUGAAGUAACCAAAAAUAGCUUACUUACAGCUUAAUGAACAAAUAGAAAAAUGUGCAACUGUAUUUCUUGAUUAUAAAACAGUAUCAUUAUCUGAACCCUGUAAAUGUAUUAGUAACUUCAGUUAUAAAGCACAAAUGAAGCCAAAAUCCAGUUUUAAAUACAUUUUUGAAAAAUCUGAUGAGUCUAUCUUUUUCCUACAUCAUACAAUUACAAGUUUCCACUGAAAAUAAAUUCAUUAUGUACA